UCGUGGCCCAGAUGUGGAGCAGAUGGCCAUCGACUGGCUCACGGGCAACUUCUACUUCGUGGACGACAUUGACGACAGGAUCUUCGUGUGCAACAAGAACGGGGACACCUGCGUCACACUGCUGGACCUGGAGCUGUACAAUCCCAAGGGAAUCGCUCUGGACCCAGCCAUGGGCAAGGUGUUCUUCACCGACUACGGGCAGAUCCCCAAGGUGGAGCGCUGUGACAUGGACGGGCAGAACCGCACCAAGCUGGUGGACAGCAAGAUCGUCUUCCCACACGGCAUCACCCUGGACCUGGUGAACCGCCUGGUCUACUGGGCUGAUGCCUACCUGGACUACAUCGAGGUGGUGGACUACGAGGGCAAGAACAGGCACACCAUCAUCCAGGGCAUCCUGAUCGAACACCUGUACGGGCUGACCGUCUUUGAGAACUACCUGUACGCCACCAACUCGGACAAUGCCAACGCCCAGCAGAAAACCAGCGUCAUCCGCGUCAACCGCUUCAACAGCACCGAGUACCAGGUGGUGACACGGGUGGACAAGGGUGGAGCCCUGCACAUCUACCACCAGCGGCGCCAGCCCACAGUGAGGAGCCACGCCUGCGAGCCAGAUCAGUUUGGGAAGCCGGGAGGCUGCUCGGACAUCUGCCUGCUCGGGAACAGCCACAAGAGCCGGACCUGCCGCUGCCGCUCCGGGUUCAGCCUGGGCAGCGACGGGAAAUCCUGCAAAAAGCCCGAGCACGAGCUGUUCCUGGUGUACGGGAAGGGGCGUCCCGGCAUCAUCCGUGGGAUGGACAUGGGUGCCAAGGUGCCGGAUGAGCACAUGAUCCCCAUCGAGAACCUCAUGAACCCCCGGGCCCUGGACUUCCACGCCGAGACCGGCUUCAUCUACUUUGCUGACACCACCAGCUACCUCAUCGGGCGGCAGAAGAUCGAUGGCACGGAGCGGGAGACCAUCCUGAAGGACGGCAUCCACAAUGUGGAGGGGAUCGCUGUGGACUGGAUGGGGAACAACCUGUACUGGACAGAUGAUGGCCCCAAGAAGACCAUCAGUGUGGCACGGCUGGAAAAGGCCGCCCAGACACGGAAGACGCUGAUCGAGGGGAAGAUGACGCACCCCCGCGCCAUCGUGGUGGACCCCCUGAAUGGGUGGAUGUACUGGACGGACUGGGAGGAGGAUCCCAAGGACAGCAAGAGGGGCAAGAUCGAGAGGGCUUGGAUGGAUGGUUCCAACCGCAACAUCUUCAUCACCUCCAAGACCGUGCUGUGGCCCAACGGGCUGAGCCUGGACAUCCCAGCCAAGAUCCUCUACUGGGUGGACGCUUUCUACGACCGCAUCGAGAUGGUUUAUCUCAAUGGCACCGAGAGGAAGAUCGUGUAUGAGGGCCCGGAGCUGAACCACGCCUUCGGGCUGUGCCACUACAGCAACUUUCUCUUCUGGACCGAGUACCGCAGCGGCAGCAUCUACCGGCUGGACCAGGCCUCCAAGGCCGUGAGCCUGCUGCGCAACGAGCGCCCGCCCAUCUUCGAGAUCCGCAUGUACGACGCGCAGCAGCAGCAAGUGGGCUCCAACAAAUGCCGUGUCAACAACGGGGGCUGCAGCAGCCUGUGCCUGGCCACCCCCCGGGGCCGUCAGUGCGCCUGUGCCGAGGACCAGAUCCUGGGCUCGGACUCUGUCACCUGCCAGGCCAACCCGUCCUACAUCCCCCCGCCGCAGUGCCAGCCCGGGGAGUUCGCCUGCAAGAACAACCGCUGCAUCCAGGAGCGCUGGAAGUGCGACGGGGACAACGACUGCCUGGACAACAGCGACGAAGCCCCCGAGCUCUGCCACCAGCACACCUGCCCUUCAGACCGCUUCAAGUGCAAGAACAACCGCUGCAUCCCCAACCGCUGGCUCUGCGACGGCGACAACGACUGCGGCAACAACGAGGACGAGUCCAACUCCACCUGCUCAGCCCGGACCUGCUCCCCCAACCAGUUCUCCUGCGCCAGCGGCCGCUGCAUCCCCAUCUCCUGGACGUGUGACCUGGACGAUGACUGCGGGGACCGCUCUGACGAGUCUGCCUCGUGUGCCUACCCGACCUGCUUCCCCCUGACGCAGUUCACCUGCAACAACGGGCGCUGCAUCAACAUCAACUGGCGCUGUGACAACGACAACGACUGCGGGGACAACAGCGACGAGGCCGGCUGCAGCCACUCCUGCUCCAGCAACCAGUUCAAAUGCAACAGCGGGCGCUGCAUCCCCGUGCACUGGACCUGCGACGGGGACAACGACUGCGGCGACUACAGCGACGAGACCCACGCCAACUGCACCAACCAGGCCACGCGCCCGCCCGGGGGCUGCCACACGGACGAGUUCCAGUGCAGGCUGGACGGGCUGUGCAUCCCCAUGCGCUGGCGCUGCGACGGUGACACGGACUGCAUGGACUCCAGCGACGAGAAGAACUGCGAGGGCGUCACCCACGUCUGCGACCCCAACGUCAAAUUCGGCUGCAAGGACUCGGCCCGGUGCAUCAGCAAGGCCUGGGUCUGUGACGGGGACAGCGACUGCGAGGACAACUCUGACGAGGAGAACUGCGAGUCCCUGGUGUGCAAACCCCCCUCUCACACCUGUGCCAACAACACCUCCAUCUGCCUGCCCCCCGAGAAGCUCUGCGACGGCUCCGACGACUGCGGCGACGGCUCCGACGAGGGCGAGCUCUGCGACCAGUGUUCCCUCAACAACGGCGGCUGCAGCCACAACUGCACGGUGGCCCCUGGCGAGGGCAUCGUGUGCUCCUGUCCCCUGGGCAUGGAGCUGGGUGCUGACAACAAGACCUGCCAGAUCCAGAGCUACUGCGCCAAGCACCUCAAGUGCAGCCAGAAGUGCGAGCAGGACAAGUACAAUGUCAAGUGCUCCUGCUACGAGGGCUGGAUGCUGGAACCCGAUGGAGAGAGCUGCCGCAGCCUGGACCCUUUUAAGCCGUUCAUCAUCUUCUCCAACCGCCACGAGAUCCGGCGCAUCGACCUGCACCGAGGGGACUACAGCGUCCUGGUGCCCGGGCUGCGCAACACCAUCGCCCUGGACUUCCACCUCAACCAGAGCUCCCUGUACUGGACCGACGUGGUGGAGGACAAGAUCUACAGGGGAAAGCUGCUGGAGAACGGCGCCCUGACCAGCUUCGAGGUGGUGAUACAGUACGGCCUGGCCACCCCCGAGGGACUGGCCGUGGACUGGAUCGCUGGCAACAUCUACUGGGUGGAGAGCAACCUGGACCAGAUCGAGGUGGCCAAGCUGGAUGGCACCAUGAGGACCACGCUGCUGGCCGGGGACAUCGAGCACCCCCGUGCCAUCGCCCUGGACCCUCGCUAUGGGAUCCUGUUCUGGACGGACUGGGACGCCAGCCUGCCCCGCAUCGAGGCCGCCUCCAUGAGCGGCGAGGGCCGGCGCACCAUCCACAAGGAGACGGGCUCGGGGGGAUGGCCCAACGGGCUCACUGUGGACUACCUGGAGAAGAGGAUCCUCUGGAUCGAUGCCAGGUCGGACGCCAUCUACUCAGCCCUGUAUGAUGGGACGGGGCACAUCGAGGUGCUGAGGGGACACGAGUACCUGUCCCACCCCUUCGCUGUCACCCUGUACGGGGGGGAGGUGUACUGGACCGACUGGCGCACCAACACCUUGGCCAAGGCCAACAAGUGGACGGGGCACAACGUGACCGUGGUGCAGAGGACCAACACGCAGCCCUUUGACCUGCAGGUGUAUCACCCCUCCCGGCAGCCCCUGGCUCCUAAUCCCUGCGAAGCCAACGGGGGCAAAGGGCCGUGUUCCCACCUCUGCCUCAUCAACUACAACCGCACCCUGUCCUGUGCCUGCCCCCACCUCAUGAAGCUGGACAAGGACAACACCACCUGCUAUGAGUUUAAGAAGUUCCUGCUGUACGCACGGCAGAUGGAGAUCCGGGGCGUGGACAUUGACAACCCCUACUACAACUACAUCAUCUCCUUCACCGUGCCCGACAUCGACAACGUCACCGUGGUGGAUUACGACGCUCUGGAGCAGCGCAUUUACUGGUCAGAUGUCCGCACCCAGACCAUCAAGAGAGCCUUCAUCAACGGCACCGGCGUGGAGACCGUCGUCUCUGCAGACCUGCCCAACGCUCACGGCCUCUCCGUGGAUUGGGUUUCUAGAAACCUCUUCUGGACCAGCUACGACGCCAACAAGAAGCAGAUCAACGUGGCCAGGCUGGAUGGCUCCUUCAAGAACGCUGUGAUCCAGGGGCUGGACAAGCCUCACUGCCUGGUGGUGCACCCACUCCGGGGGAAGCUGUACUGGACAGAUGGGGACAACAUCAGUGUGGCCAACAUGGAUGGCAGCAACCGCACGCUCCUCUUCACCAACCAGAAGGGACCUGUCGGCCUGGCCAUCGACUACCCAGAGAGCAAACUGUACUGGAUCAGCUCUGGCAACGGCACCAUCAACAGGUGUGACCUGGAUGGCAGCAACCUGGAGGUGAUCGAGUCCGUGCGGAGCCAGCUGAGCAAGGCCACCGCCCUGGCCAUCAUGGGGGACAAGCUGUGGUGGGCUGACCAGGCCUCCGAGAGGAUGGGCACCUGCAACAAGAAGGACGGGACGGAGGUGACGGUGCUGCGCAACAGCACCACGUUGGUGAUGCACAUGAAGGUGUACGAUGAGAGCAUCCAGCAAGCUGGCACCAACCCCUGCAGCCAAAACAACGGGGACUGCUCGCAGCUGUGCCUCCCCACCUCAGAGACCUCCCGCUCCUGCAUGUGCACUGCAGGCUACAGCCUCAAGAGUGGGCAGCAGUCCUGUGAAGGUGUUGGCUCCUUCCUGCUGUACUCGGUGCACGAGGGGAUCCGGGGCAUCCCCCUGGACCCCAACGACAAGUCGGAUGCUCUCGUGCCGGUGUCGGGAACCUCCCUGGCUGUGGGAAUUGACUUCCACGCAGAGAAUGACACGAUUUACUGGGUGGACAUGGGCCUGAGCACCAUCAGCCGAGCUAAGAGGGACCAGACGUGGCGCGAGGACGUGGUGACCAACGGCAUCGGCCGCGUGGAGGGCAUCGCUGUGGACUGGAUUGCAGGGAACAUCUACUGGACGGACCAGGGCUUUGAUGUCAUCGAGGUGGCCAGGCUGAACGGGUCCUUCCGCUAUGUGGUCAUCUCGCAGGGGCUGGACAAGCCACGGGCCAUCACGGUUCAUCCAGAGAAAGGGUACCUGUUCUGGACAGAGUGGGGGCAAUACCCCCGCAUCGAGCGCUCGCGCCUGGACGGCACCGAGAGGAUGGUGCUGGUCAACGUCAGCAUCAGCUGGCCCAACGGCAUUUCCGUGGACUACGAGGAUGGGAAGCUGUAUUGGUGCGACGCCCGGACAGACAAGAUCGAACGGAUUGACCUGGAGACGGGCGAGAACCGGGAGGUUGUCCUGUCCAGCAACAACAUGGACAUGUUCUCCGUGUCAGUCUUUGAGGAAUACAUUUACUGGAGCGAUAGGACUCACGCCAACGGCUCCAUCAAAAGAGGAAACAAGGACAACGCCACCGAGUCGGUGUCCCUGCGCACUGGGAUCGGCGUGCAGCUCAAGGACAUCAAAGUCUUCAACCGGGCCCGGCAGAAGGGGACCAACAUCUGUGCCCAGAACAACGGGGACUGCCAGCAGCUGUGCCUGUUCCGCGGCGGCGGGCAGAGGACGUGCGCCUGCGCCCACGGGAUGCUGUCGGACGACGGCGUGAGCUGCCGGGACUACGACGGCUACCUGCUGUACUCGGAGCGCACCAUCCUCAAGAGCAUCCACCUGUCGGAUGAGAACAACCUCAAUGCGCCCAUCAAGCCCUUCGAGGACGCAGAGCACAUGAAGAAUGUCAUUGCCCUGGCCUUCGAUUACCGCUACGGCUCCAAGGGCAGCAACCGCAUCUUCUACAGCGACAUCCACUUCGGCAACAUCCAGCAGAUCAACGACGACGGCACGGGGCGCAAGACCAUCGUGGAGAACGUGGGCUCGGUGGAGGGGCUGGCGUACCACCGCGGCUGGGACACGCUGUACUGGACCAGCUACACCACGUCCACCAUCACGCGGCACACCGUGAACCAGAGCCGCAUCGGGGCCUUCGAGAGGGAGACCGUCAUCACCAUGUCAGGGGACGACCACCCCCGAGCCUUCGUGCUGGACGAGUGCCAGAACCUGAUGUUCUGGACCAACUGGAACGAGCAGCACCCCAGCAUCAUGCGAGCCACCCUCUCCGGUGCCAACGUCCUCAUCAUCAUCGACCAGGACAUACGGACGCCCAACGGGUUGGCCAUCGACCACAAGGCUGAGAAGAUUUACUUCUCUGAUGCCACCCUGGACAAGAUCGAGCGCUGCGAAUACGACGGCUCCCAUCGCCAUGUGAUCCUGAAGUCGGAGCCCGUGCACCCCUUUGGCCUGGCCGUGUAUGGGGAUUACAUCUUCUGGACAGACUGGGUGCGCCGGGCCGUGCAGCGCGCCAACAAAUACGUGGGCACCGACAUGAAGCUGCUGCGAGUGGACAUCCCCCAGCAGCCCAUGGGCAUCAUCGCCGUGGCCAACGACACCGACAGCUGCGAGCUGUCCCUGUGCCGGGUGAACAACGGCGGCUGCCAGGACCUGUGCCUGCUCACCCCCAAGGGCCACGUCAACUGCUCCUGCCGCGGGGAGCGGGUCCUGCAGGAGGAUUUGACCUGCAAAGCCGUGAAUUCCACCUGCAACGUGCACGAGGAGUUUGAGUGCGGGAACGGCGAAUGCAUCGACUUCAGCCGCACCUGCGACGGCGUCGUGCACUGCAAGGACAAGUCGGACGAGAAGCAGUCCUACUGCAGCAGCCGCAAGUGCAAGAAGGGCUACCGGCACUGCAUGAACGGGCGCUGCGUGGCCAGUCGCUACUGGUGCGACGGCGUGGACAACUGCGGGGACAACUCGGACGAGGUGCCCUGUAACAAAACCAGCUGUGCCGCGACCGAGUUCCGCUGCCGGGACGGGACCUGCAUCGGGAAUUCCAGCCGCUGCAACCAGUUCAUCGACUGCGAGGAUGCCUCUGAUGAGAUGAACUGCACUGCCACCGACUGCAGCAGCUACUUCAAGCUGGGGGUGAAGGGCACCACGUUCCAGAAGUGCGAGCACACGUCCCUGUGCUACGCCCCCAGCUGGGUGUGCGACGGCGCCAACGACUGCGGCGAUUUCUCGGACGAGCGCAACUGCCCUGGAGCGAGGAAGCCCAAAUGUCCAUCCAACUACUUUGCCUGCCCGAGCGGGAGGUGCAUCCCCAUGACCUGGACCUGUGACAAGGAGGAUGACUGCGAGAACGGCGAAGAUGAGACCCAGUGCAACAAGUUCUGCUACCCUGUGCAGUUCGAGUGCAACAACCACCGCUGCAUCUCCAAGCUCUGGGUGUGUGAUGGGGCCGACGACUGCGGGGACGGCUCUGACGAGGACAGUCGCUGCCGGCUGACCACCUGCAGCUCAGGAUCCUUCCAGUGCCCGGGCACCUACGUGUGCGUGCCGGAGCGCUGGCUGUGUGACGGGGACAAGGACUGCGCGGACGGGGCCGACGAGACCCUGGCUGCCGGCUGCUUGUACAACAACACCUGUGACGAGCGGGAGUUCAUGUGUGGGAACCGGCAGUGCAUCCCCAAGCACUUCGUCUGCGACCACGACGACGACUGCGGCGACGGCUCCGACGAGUCCCCGGAAUGUGAAUAUCCCACCUGUGGCCCCCACGAGUUCCGCUGUCAGAACGGCCGCUGCCUCAGCAACCGGCAGUGGGAAUGUGACGGGGAGUUCGACUGCCACGACCACUCGGACGAGGCGCCCAAGAACCCGCGCUGCAGCAGCCCAGAAAACAAGUGCAACGACUCCUUCUUCCUCUGCAAGAACGGGAAUUGCAUCUCCGAGGCGCUGCUCUGCGACAACAACAACGACUGCGCCGACGGCUCUGACGAGCUCAACUGCUUCAUCAACGAGUGCCUCAACAAGAAGCUGAGUGGCUGCUCCCAGGAGUGUGAGGACCUCAAGAUUGGGUACAAGUGCAGAUGCCGUCCCGGCUUCCGGCUGAAGGACGACGGCAAGACGUGCAUCGACAUCGACGAGUGCUCCACCACCUACCCCUGCAGCCAGAAGUGCAUCAACACCCUGGGCAGCUACAAGUGCCUCUGCACUGAGGGCUACAAGCUCAGACCUGACAACCCCACCAGCUGCAAGGCUGUCACAGAUGAAGAGCCUUUCCUCAUCUUCGCCAACCGCUACUACCUGAGGAAGCUCAACCUGGACGGCUCCAACUACACUCUGCUCAAGCAGGGGCUGAACAAUGCCGUGGCUCUGGAUUUCGACUACCGGGAGCAGAUGAUCUACUGGACGGAUGUCACCACGCAGGGCAGCAUGAUCCGCCGCAUGCACAUCAACGGCAGCAACGUCCAGGUCCUUCACCGCACGGGGCUCAGCAACCCCGACGGGCUGGCUGUGGACUGGGUGGGAGGAAACCUCUACUGGUGUGACAAGGGUCGGGACACCAUCGAGGUGUCGAAGCUCAACGGCGCGUACCGCACCGUGCUGGUCAACUCGGGCCUGCGCGAGCCCCGCGCGCUCGUGGUGGACGUGCAGAACGGCUACCUCUACUGGACGGACUGGGGGGACCACUCUCUGAUCGGCAAGAUCGGCAUGGACGGCACCAACCGCAGCGUCAUCGUGGACACCAAGAUCACGUGGCCCAACGGCCUCACCCUCGACUACAUCAACAGCCGCAUCUACUGGGCCGACGCCCGCGAGGACUACAUCGAGUUCGCCAGCCUGGACGGCUCCAACCGGCACACGGUGCUGAGCCAGGACAUCCCACACAUCUUCGCCCUCACCCUCUUCGAGGAUUUCAUCUACUGGACUGACUGGGAGACCAAAUCCAUCAACCGGGCCCACAAGACAACGGGAGCCAACAAGACGCUGCUGAUCAGCACCUUGCACCGGCCCAUGGACAUCCACAUCUACCACCCCUACCGCCAGCCCGACGUUCCCAACCAUCCCUGCAAGACCAACAACGGCGGCUGCAGCAACCUCUGCCUGCUCUCGCCGGGCGGGGGGCACAAGUGUGCCUGUCCCACCAACUUCUACCUGGGCAGUGACGGCAAAACCUGUGUGUCCAACUGCACUGCCAGCCAGUUUGUCUGCAAGAACGACAAGUGCAUCCCUUUCUGGUGGAAAUGCGACACCGAGGACGACUGCGGGGACCGGUCGGACGAGCCGGAGGAUUGCCCUGAGUUCAAGUGCAGGCCAGGGCAGUUCCAGUGCUCCACAGGGAUCUGCACCAACCCCGCCUUCAUCUGCGACGGCGACAACGACUGCCAGGACAACUCGGACGAGGCCAACUGUGACAUCCACGUCUGCCUGCCCAGCCAGUUCAAGUGCACCAACACCAACCGCUGCAUCCCCGGCAUCUUCCGCUGCAACGGGCAGGACAACUGCGGGGACGGCGAGGACGAGAAGGACUGUCCGGAGGUGACCUGUGCCCCCAACCAGUUCCAGUGUGCCAUCACCAAGCGCUGCAUCCCCCGUGUCUGGGUCUGUGACCGUGACAACGACUGCGUGGACGGCUCCGAUGAACCCGCUAACUGCACCCAAAUGACCUGUGGCGUGGACGAGUUCCGCUGCAAGGACUCGGGCCGGUGCAUCCCGGCGCGCUGGAAGUGUGACGGGGAGGACGACUGUGGGGAUGGAUCCGAUGAGCCCAAGGAGGAAUGCGACGAGCGCACGUGCGAGCCGUACCAGUUCCGCUGCAAGAACAACCGCUGCGUGCCAGGCCGCUGGCAGUGCGACUACGACAACGACUGCGGCGACAACUCGGAUGAGGAGAGCUGCACGCCCCGGCCCUGCUCCGAGAGCGAGUUCUCGUGCGCCAACGGCCGCUGCAUCGCGGGCAGGUGGAAAUGCGACGGGGACCACGACUGCGCCGACGGCUCCGACGAGGUACGGGCAGCACGGGGACGCAUCCCCACCCCUCAGCCCCUGCCCCAGGGCUCACAGCCUGGCUGUGAGAGGAGUCCCCAGAGGGCUCUGGUGGGGUUUUCCAGCCUGAGAAAGUCACGAGUGGCAGAGGACAGAGUCCAGAGUGGGACUGUGGGGAAGGGCGUGCAGUGGCAGGGACAGGCAGGUGUCCCACAGCAGCAGAGCCUGGGCCAUACACGCCUGUGUCUGUCCCCAGGGGUGUCCCCGUCAGGCCCCGGUGUGGUGGUGAUGCAGCUGAAUGUCCCCAACGGCCCCCAGGCCCCCCAGAACCCCCCCGUGGUGCAGUGGAGCCACUGUAAGUACUACAGCCUGGAGCAGCGGGGGCAGAAGCCAGGAGACCUCUACAACCCCGACGCCGGUGCUCAGGCCAGCACCCAGCUGAACAGCCCCAUCACGUCCCCCACGCAGUCCCCGACGCCGUCGCCCGUCACCAACCUCAGCAGCGUGUGCUCGGGGCUGAGCCCCCUGCCCGUGCUCAGCCAGUUCCCCCGGCCCAUGGGCCCGGCACAAGGUGAUGGGAGGUACUCGCUGCUGGGCCAGCCUCUGCAGUACAACCUGUCCCUGUGUCCCCCGCCGCUGCUCCACAACCAGCCCAGCUACACAGGACACCAGGGGCAGGCUGGAAUGAAACACGGCAACCGGAGCAAGAGACAGGCCCUCAAGUCAGCCUCCACCGACCUGGGGACAAGUGACGUAGUGCUGGGCCGGGUGCUGGAGGUGACAGACCUGCCCGAGGGCAUCACACGGACAGAGGCCGACAAGCUCUUCACCCAGCUCGCCAUGGCCGGUGCCAAAAUCCAGUGGCUCAAAGAGACUCAGGGGCGCCGCGGGGACGGAGGCGGCGGCGGGGACAACAGCGGGACUCCGGAGAACGGCAGGCACGGUGACCUCGCUGCCUUAUACACCAUCGUGGCCGUGUUCCCCAGCCCCCUGGCUGCCCAAAACGCCUCCCUCCGCCUCAACAACUCCCUCAGCCGCUUCAAACUGCGCGUGGCCAAAAAGAACUACGACCUGCGGGUGCUGGAGCGGGCCAGCUCCCAGUAGGGCUCCCGUGUGGGCACCGGGCACUCCCCUGGGCCUCUUCUCCUCCCACCCUCCCUUCCUCUCGCCCUCCUUCCUUGAUAUAUUUAUAUGAACAUAAUUAAGAGACGAGAAGUUGAUUUUUUUUUUUAAUUAUUAUUAUUUUUUGGAGUGACGCCCGUGCCCGCCCUCCCUGCCCUGUGUCUAUGGUUUUGUUUAAGCACUGUGUUGAAGCACAUACAGGUGUUGAUUGGUAUGUUCACUGCACAUUUUAUUUAAUCAGAUUAUUAUUUUGCUGGAGGGAGGGGAGGGGGGGAAUAUUUUUUUUUU